AUGAUCGGAUACUACAGGUUCACAGACAUCUUCUUUGAAUGGCAUCAGGCCCUCCCAAACCAGGCGGACGUAAGCCCUCUGAAGGCACUAAUUGCGUACAGCGCGCUCGUCCACCCCGAUCACCCCCUACGAAAAGAGGGCGUGAACGGCAUCGAACUCUACCUCGGAACGUUCGAGAGCGGGGAGAUGCGCCUGCUAUUCUCGUCCGCGCAGGUCGAGUACAUGCGCUACUGGCUGCACACCGUGAGGCUCACCGCCGAGCCGAUCCCGCUCCCGACGUCCGAGUACCUCAUCCAGGCGGGCGACCUUCUCACGUGCUCGCCCGACGUGUACAAGGACCCGGCGGCGCUGAAGAAGGCGAUCAAAGGCAUCGACAAGAACAACAAGCGCCUGCGCGGGACGGGCAGCCUGCUCACCGCGCGGCGGUUCGCGUUCGAGCGCGUGCGCACGCUGUGGGCGGCGAAGAUCGGCACGUGGCUCGCGCUCGACUUCGAGGCGUGGGACAUGGACCACACGGCGCUGACCGAGUUUGGGUGGAGCGCCGUGCGCUGGGUCGACGGCGAGCCGGUGAAGGAGGACGGGCACCUCGUCGUGAAGGAGCACCGGAUGUACACGCAGCAUUACGUCCCCAACAACCGCGAGUACUACAACUUCGGCGAGAGCGAGAUCGUGACCAAGCCCGUGUUCAAGCAGCGGAUACAGGACCUCAUCAACACGCACAAGGAAGCAGGCCCGCUCUUC